UAAGAAAGAUGUCGACUCUGUGUGUUGUGAUCUCUCUUCUUGCUGCAUGUCUCUGCUGCUGUACCUAUGGUUGGCAGCCAGCUCCUGCUCCUCUAAUGACGAAAUUCUCCAAAGAUGUAACUCCCAAUCAAACUCCUGCCUAUCCACGUCCCACCAUGGUCAGACCCAAGUGGUAUCAUCUUAACGGUCUCUGGCAAGUCGAUUCUACCGUUUCCGAUCUGAACAACCCGCCGUUUGGCAAAACGCUACCUCAACAGCUGUUAGUGCCCUACCCCAUUGAAUCACCUUUAAGUGGAAUAAGAAAGUUGACGGACAAAGACAACAUGUGGCAGCGGCGCUUGUUUACGCUGCCGACAGAGUGUGAUUUGAGCAAAGAAUGUGUGCUGUUGCACUUUGAAGGUGUCGACUACAACACGAGCGUUUACUUGAACAAGCAAUUGUUAGGGACACAUGCAGGGGGGUACGACGCGUUCUCGUUUGACAUCACAGAUAAUGCAAAGAGCAAUGUUCACAUGACCGACCAUGAGCUGCUUGUAGGAGUGUACGAUCCCACCGAUCACGGACCGCAGCCGAAAGGAAAGCAGAGCCGUGGUGCCUUUACGAAUCCAGGAAUUCGCUACACGAGCACGUCGGGCAUUUGGCAGACUGUGUGGCUGGAGUGUGUACCUCAAGUUUAUAUCGAAGACAUUUACAACAAUCCGGAUCUGAUGCGAUACGGAGGUGUGACCGUCAAUGUGACCGUCAACGGUCCCGCCUCGGGACUGCAAGUUGAAGUCGAUAUCACAGUCAAUGGAACGGUUGUCGGAUCCGGUAAAGGAGCCGUCGGUCAGCCUGUACGUGCAGCCAUCGAUUCCCCACAGCACACACAUGUGUGGACGCCAGACGAUCCAUUUCUUUACAAUUUGACCAUCACUCUGAUGUCGACAUCGGGAGACAAGAUGGACACGGUCCGGUCAUACUUCGGUCUCCGAACUAUCGAAAUAGCAACAGACCGUCACGGCAUUCCUCGUCCCAUGCUGAAUGGAGCAUUCAUAUUCCAAGGAACACUAGAUCAAGGUUUCUGGCCCGACGGCUGUUACACGGCUCCCACGGAUGAAGCUCUGGAGUACGACUUGGUGGUCCACAAGCAACUCGGCUUUAACACGGUGAGAAAACAUGUAAAAGUAGAGCCACGUCGUUGGUAUUACCACGCCGAUCGAUUGGGUAUGUUAGUAUGGCAAGACAUGCCGUCGGGUGACAACAGAGAUGUCGCCACACAACAGCAAUUUCGACUCGAGUUGACGCGUCUAGUCGACGGAAGACGCAACCAUCCGUCGAUAAUCCAAUGGCAGAUAUUUAACGAAGGCUGGGGCCAAGCGUCAGACGACUGGACACAAGAGUUGGUCGACUCGGUGCAAAAGCUCGAUCCGUAUCGCAUCACGGACGAUGCCAGUGGAGGAAAGUGUGGAGGAUGUUUUGGUAAUGUCACAGACUUGCAUCAUUACUCACCACCAGCCAGUCCGACUCCCGAUGCCUCUAAAAAUCUUGCAGCCCUACUCGGUGAGUAUGGUGGUGUGCUGUUAACCGUUCAAGACCAUCAAUGGGCACCCGGAAAAUGUCACGGAUAUCGAACUGUCAGUAGCGGUAAAGAGCUGACCGACGUGUAUGUGAGUUAUAUCGAUACUAUACAACAAUUGAAGACGAAUCCGGGUCUCAGUGCUUCUAUUUACACCCAGAUCAGUGAUGUAGAGACAGAGUGUAAUGGUGUGAUGACGUAUGAUCGGAUGGUCAAGUUUGAUGCCAAUAGAACGAAAGCAGCCAAUGAUGGUCUUAACGAAUGAAACUUCGACCAAUCAACAUUGUCUGGGUUGUACACUGCUAUGUAUGCUUUUAGUCGUUAAUUAAUGGUUGUGUCAAGCUUAAACGGAUUAAUAUCAAUGAUCAGAGUACAUGUUUAUGUAGCCUCGAUUUCAGGCGCUUUUCCAUUUGUACUACAGUACUGCAUUUAAAAAUGAAAG